ACGUUUGGUACUUUUUAAUAGUUAUACGUCUCGAAACAAGAAGUUCGGGAUCUCCGUGAAUCGACGUAAAAACACGGUGUCGCUAACUGCUGUGUGAAAAUGAGGCUUCAGCCUGAAACCGCGCUUGUUGUGUGCCUCUGCUUGUGGAUACCUGUUGCUCAGUCGAUUGGACAUUUUGACCUAGAAGAUGGAUCAGGAGAUGAUGAGGAGUUCUCUGGGUCGGGGUCAGGAGAUAAUGACAUGUGGAUCUUUGAAACUGAAGGGAAAAACCAAGCAAAUCCUAACACUACAAAGGCACCCUUGAUCACGGGUACCCCCGUUAACCUUCCAGAAAAUUUAGUUACCCCUUUUACCAACCUUGACACUGCCUCUGAAACCUCUGGCCACCUCACUGAAGCUCUGCCCCACACCACCCAAACCACUGGGACUCAACCAUCUCUGUUAAUCAACAAAUCUUUUGGCUCAGUGGAAGAUCAGAAAGGUGAGCCUACAACACUCAGCACUGUGGCACAGCCAGAGACCACUGUACCCCCAGCUGUGAAACUACCAGUGGUGCCCACGCAGAAGGACAAAUACACACCUGCAGCCAAAGAUAAGGAAGAUGCCACAGAAUCAUCUGUCAUAGAUCAAGAGAAGGAUGAAGCCACAGUGGUUAAAGCUGUGUCUGUGGCAACUGAAGCCCCCAAUAUGGAGACCACACCACUGCUUCAUAGCACAAAAUCAGCUGGUAAUUUAGCUGAUACUGAAGCUUCAGGUGAUUCUGUUGUAUCCAGUACUGUUCCAAGCAUUGUUGAUGGUGGUAUUGAAAGUAACAUCACUCCAGAGGACCAUGAUCACAACGUAGGGAAACCAAAAAUAACUGAUAAUGAUGAUUUUGAAUUCGAGAAAGAAUUCCAGAACCCAGGAUUAAACUCAGAAUCUUCUGGGUCUGGGUCUGAUUUUGCUCGAGGGAGUGCUUCAGACAACGACAGCUUAUUGGAAAGGAAAGAGGUCCUGGCAGGUGUCAUUGCAGGUGGCGUGGUGGGCUUGGCUUUUGCCAUCAUGCUUGUUUCUCUCAUGGUCUACCGCAUGAAGAAGAAGGAUGAGGGAAGUUAUUCAUUAGAUGAGCACAAACAUCCCAAUGGAGGCUACCAGAAACCACAGAAACAGGAAGAGUUCCUGGCAUAAAGACUCAUAAACAUACGAUCUCUGCCUCUCUUUAUUCUAUGCUUGACUGCCACUUAAAACUUCCCUACACCAGAUUCCACAUGCUUGGUGACCCAAUUUUUUGUUUUCGUUUUCUAUCCAUGUUGGAUUUGCAACACAUCGGAUUUGCACCAGAAUUGGUUGGUUGAUCAUCAGGAAAGGUUCGCUUGUGUUUUGUAUGGGUUUUUUCCUCCUUUCUAAUGGAUUAUCACACUGUGGAUUGAGACUGUCCUCAUGAGCCCUAGUUAUGAGUGAGGGACUAUGGAGCUGGCCAUUUUUUUUUUUGUCUUUUUCUUUUCUUUUUUUUUUUUGUUAGGGUUCUGCUAUCUGCCAGUGCUGGGGAAACUACAGCAAACGUAAACCAGCUUCUCAUUUCCAUCGUGCCUUAUUUCCUGUUCCAGAGAACUGAAGUAGCGAGAGAGCUCACCUCCUCCAGUUGUUUGUUGCUGUGGUAACAGAUAGUUGCCAUAGGGACAGAAAACCUGAAUUGCACUUUUGACACAGAAACAUUACAAUCCUGAAUUACAAUCACUGUUUGCUUGGAACUGAUAAUGUGUUUCUGCUUGGCCUGGGCAUGCUUACUUUCACUUGUCAAAAUUGUUUUUACCAUUCACGUGGAAGGAGAGCUGCCUCGCCGUGACGAGUGGGACUCAAUUCAAUUUCUUCCUUCCUUUGUACUUACGCUGACGUUGGCGUGUGAGAACAAGCAAUGCAGAAAUGAUAUUGGGGAAUUGUAUGAGUAAUUGUUGAAUGGAUGUGACUGUACUCUCACACAUUAUUGCUGUAUUUUCUGGGAAGCUAAAUGAUUUUCUGUGUACCCUGAAUUCUUAAAUACACUGUAUGAAAUUUGUCAAAAAUUACACAAGUGCAGUCUUUUUUUUUUUUUUUUUUGGACUCCAGCUCUUUGUACAUAUGCUAGUGGACCAAAUCUACAGCUUGAAAACCUUUACUGAGAUAGAAGAUGGCUAAUGUAUAUUACCAGGUCAUAUGAGACCUAUUUGUAUAAGUGUGUACAUGUUUCUCUGUUUUUAGUUAUCACUUGUAUUAAAGGACUGCUUGGCUGCGAUGAGCGUCAUAAUCGAACUUAUCUGGUCAUGGUCACCCCCUAAUUCUGCCUAAACAAUAUUGUGGCUGGUGUGAAAGAAAUGUGUGUUGUUAUAGCUUUCUGGACAAUACCAAGCUGGGUAUGUUAAAAGAAUUUUCUCACAGAUGUCGUUAAAUAAGAAAAUAUUUUAUUAAACCUGUUCCUUUGUGUAAAUGCUAAUCUCACUUGCUUUGGAUUUAGCUGCUUAUAAUGGCCGAGCAGAGUAAAGACGUAUUACUACUAAAGUGUCCUGCUCUGUGUGUAUUACUGAACCUGCGCGUGCCAUGUGAUAUGUACAGCUUUCAUUUGUUUUCACCUGUUUCUUUAAGUUCUUAGUAUUUUUACAAAUGGACAAAUGUUUUUGACUCUUUGGGUACCUUAUUCCAGGCUUCAGGUUAGCUCACCUAUUUGUCCAUAAUGGAAUUUUUUUUGAAAGAGGAAGUGGCAAAAGUGUGUGAAAGUACACUCACAGUAGAGUUAACCGUUUGUGCCUAUGCAGAAUGGCAGGCCACGCCUCAGAGAGAGCUGCCUUUGUGUUUUGUUGCUGUGCAAAAGAAAAUUAGACCUACUUAUGUCAUAGUUUGUACAAAUCUCUCUAUUUAUUAUUCACAGUUGUUUUCUAUGUUUAAUAAAAGGGAGUCCAUUUUCA